CAAGAAGAGAAGGAAACCACACAUCAGCCAGGCACGGUUAAAUCCCUAAGGUUCCCUGGGAAAUUUCCUCCGUCGAGCGAAGGUGGUAGCAAUGUUGCAGUUUAUCCGUAGCUCAGCGUACUAUUGCUGCACGAGGGACAGAGCCGCUCAACCUUGCAGCUUCUGCCUCUGAAGGGUCCCGCUUGCCCAGAUUAAAUAACAUUUUCAGCACCACGGACAGAGAUUCGCCGACCUGAGUGACAAGCAUGGAGCUCGCUGAGCCUGCCGUUCAACCUUGGACUUCAGACAUCUAGAGGGGAAAGGAUCCCACGCCUCGGAUGAUAAAUGCUUGAAAAACCACAUAUCUGAAAAUCAUGCAUCGACGGCACACCACCCUCCGGGAGAAAGGGCGGAGGCAGGCCACCCGAGGCCCAGCCUACAUGUUCAAUGAGAAAGGCACCAGCUUGACACCUGAGGAAGAGCGCUUCUUGGAUUCAGCAGAAUAUGGGAACAUCCCGGUGGUACGGAAAAUGCUGGAGGAAUCCAAAACUUUGAACUUCAACUGUGUUGAUUACAUGGGACAAAAUGCUCUGCAGCUUGCAGUGGGCAAUGAACACCUGGAAGUCACUGAACUCCUUCUGAAGAAGGAGAAUCUGGCUCGCGUUGGGGAUGCACUCUUGUUAGCCAUCAGCAAAGGAUAUGUGCGUAUUGUGGAAGCAAUAUUGAACCACCCGGCCUUUGCACAGGGACAACGUCUCACUCUCAGCCCCCUCGAGCAAGAGCUACGAGACGACGAUUUUUACGCUUAUGAUGAAGAUGGAACGCGCUUUUCCCAUGACAUUACUCCUAUCAUACUUGCUGCUCAUUGCCAGGAAUAUGAAAUUGUUCAUAUAUUGCUGCUGAAAGGGGCACGGAUAGAAAGGCCCCACGACUACUUCUGUAAGUGCAAUGAAUGCUUUGAGAAGCAAAGGAAAGAUUCCUUCAGUCAUUCGCGAUCGAGGAUGAAUGCCUACAAAGGAUUAGCAAGUGCCGCUUAUUUGGCUCUUUCUAGUGAAGACCCUGUUCUUACCGCUUUAGAGCUAAGCAACGAACUGGCAAGACUAGCCAACAUUGAGACAGAAUUUAAGAAUGAUUAUAGGAAGUUAUCUAUGCAAUGCAAGGAUUUUGUGGUGGGUGUGCUGGAUCUCUGCAGGGACACAGAAGAAGUGGAGGCUAUUCUGAAUGGAGAUGUGAACAUGCAAACAUGGACUGAGCAUCAUCGUCCAAGUCUGAGCAGAAUCAAGCUGGCCAUUAAAUACGAGGUCAAAAAGUUUGUUGCCCAUCCCAACUGUCAGCAGCAGUUGCUCACCAUGUGGUACGAAAACCUCUCAGGCUUACGCCAGCAGUCCAUUGCUGUGAAAUUCUUGGCUGUUUUCGGAGUCUCCAUCGGCCUUCCAUUCCUUGCCAUAGCAUAUUGGAUCGCUCCCUGCAGCAAGCUGGGACAGACACUCCGGAGCCCCUUCAUGAAGUUUGUGGCACACGCCGUUUCUUUCACCAUUUUCCUUGGACUCUUAGUAGUGAACGCCUCAGACCGAUUUGAAGGAGUCAAGCUGCUACCCAAUGAAACUGCCAUGGAUCAUCCUAAACAAAUAUUUAGAGUAAAAACAACACAGUUCUCAUGGACAGAAAUGCUCAUCAUGAAAUGGGUUCUGGGUAUGAUAUGGUCCGAAUGCAAAGAAAUCUGGGAAGAAGGCCCCCGGGAAUACGUCAUGCAUCUUUGGAACCUGUUGGAUUUUGGGAUGCUUUCGAUCUUUGUAGCUUCUUUCACUGCCAGAUUCAUGGCUUUUCUCAAGGCAUCAGAAGCACAACAAUACGUGGACCUGUAUGUUCCCGUUGAUGACCUCAAUAAUGUCACCCUUCCUCCUCAGGUUGCCUACUUCACAUAUGCCAGGAGCAAGUGGCUUCCCUCAGAUCCUCAGAUCAUAUCAGAAGGACUAUAUGCAAUUGCAGUGGUACUCAGCUUCUCCCGGAUUGCAUACAUCCUCCCUGCCAAUGAAAGUUUUGGUCCUCUCCAGAUCUCUUUGGGAAGGACUGUGAAAGACAUCUUCAAAUUCAUGGUUAUUUUCAUCAUGGUGUUUCUCGCCUUCAUGAUUGGAAUGUUCAACCUUUACUCCUACUACCUUGGUGCAAAAUAUAACCCAGCAUUCACGACGGUAGAAGAAAGUUUUAAAACCUUAUUCUGGUCCAUAUUUGGUUUGUCUGAGGUAAUAUCAGUGGUGCUGAAGUACGACCACAAGUUUAUUGAGAACAUUGGAUAUGUCCUCUAUGGAGUUUAUAACGUCACCAUGGUGGUUGUGCUCCUCAACAUGUUAAUAGCCAUGAUCAACAAUUCCUAUCAGGAAAUUGAGGAGGAUGCAGAUGUGGAAUGGAAGUUUGCACGUGCCAAGCUUUGGCUUUCAUAUUUUGACGAGGGAAGGACUCUACCUGCUCCUUUUAACCUAGUGCCAAGCCCUAAGUCGUUUUAUUAUCUCAUAAUGAGAAUUAAAAUGUGCCUCAUAAAACUCUGCAAAUCCAAGGCCAAAAACUGUGAAAAUGAUCUCGAGAUGGGCAUGCUGAAUUCCAAGCUAAGGAAAGUCCGUUUCGAGUCCAGUACUCAAAAUUCAGACUUUACUGUGAAGAAUGCCUACAACAAGCCCACAAGAUACCAGGUGGCAACACUCCUUCCCAAUGGAUUCUACCAUCAUGGUCAUCUCCAGCACAUAAAAAUAAUGAAGAGACUUAUUAAACGAUAUGUCCUAAAGGCUCAGGUGGAUCGAGAGAAUGAUGAAGUUAAUGAAGGAGAACUUAAGGAGAUUAAGCAAGACAUUUCAAGUCUCCGCUAUGAGCUUCUCGAAGAAAAGUCACAAGCAACAGGAGAGUUGGCAAGUCUAAUACAGCAACUAAGCGACAAGUUUGGAAAGAGUUUAAAUAAGGACAUUUGAGGGCAGACAAAUGAAAAAAACAAAACUUUUUUUUAUUUCAACCAGCAUUCUAAAGGAGCAAAAACUGUGCAAGAGAGGAGCAUCGAAAACUGUAUCUUUUGCAGAUUAUUAAUUGUUUUAUGGGGACUGUGCAUUUGUUUGGUUUAUUGGGUGAAGCCAAUGAUCAAUUAAUUCCUUUAUGAUAUAAAGGUGACAUUUUCGUAUAAAAUCAAGCCUUUUGACAUCAGAUAUAGAUGCAUAAACUUGAGAAGAUAAGCUUGGUUGUUCUAGAUACCCAAAGCAACUUUUGAAAACCGGAUACAAGCCAGGUCCUCCAUUGCGAUGUGUCAGCAUACGUUGAAUGGGGAUCGGACGCAUCAGGAGGAAACAAGAGUAAAAGAAGGUGCCAAAAAAAGGUGUUUGACAAAACUGAGAUAUUUUACAUGAGUGUCCCUAAUGGGCUGCAAAGUCUUCAAGUUCAAAUCUCACCCCAGGGCAGAGCUGCAUUUUAUCUUGGCAGACACAGGUUCCAAAACUCCUUAUUUGCUGAGAUAACAUGACUGGUGUGGGAAGGUAAGUGUGUAGCUCUUCUGCACCCACCAAUUCUCCUCUGUGCCAUUUGUUUUUCUCCCCGCAGCAGGCGUUAGUUCAAGUUGAAGCCUGGCUAUAGGAUGGAAAAUGGUAUAAAACAACAUGGGAUAGGGUGUGAAUAAGAGAAGCGGGGAAAGGUGCAAUACAUCCAAUGACUGCCAGUACUACCUAGACAUUACCUUUCCAUUGCAGCCUACUAAUGUAGCUCUGCCUCCUACCUGACCUCUGGCUGGCUGAGCUGCUACACCAUACAGAGAUGGAGUGGGGCGAGGCAGUAAGGCUGUGUAAAUGCACCAGUGGAGCCAAUCCUGACAGCGUGUUUGCACCACAGUGACUUUGCCACCACUGUACCCUUCCCCAUCUCCUGGGACACUGCAGCAGCUCAGCCAGAAAGUGGCCGGGUAAGUAGCAUAGCCUUAGCACCCAUACACUGCUGCUCUUCAGUUGUACAUGCAUGCAGAAUUGCCGUUGAAUUUCCAUACUUAGGGGCAUAUAUCCAUCCAUGCAGGCAGGGAAGGGGUGGUUCUGAACAUGCCUCGUUGCUUAUCUGUUUCCAGUCAACUCUUUCAAUUGUGCCAAAAGGCACUUUUUUCUCUUGAGGUACCAUAGCCCAAUCAACUGAGAAACCAUUUUUGCAAUAUGUCUGCUCCCCCUUUCAGGUACAGCGGCAUUGCGGGAUGGCAGAGGCUCCUCCAAGGCCCCAAUGAGGGAAUCACAGCAUCGGAGCACCAUCCAGAUAGGGGGUGGGCACAUGUGCCCCCUAUCAGAAGCCAGAUCCUAGCCUGCAUCCCAGAUUGGCAAAUGGGGAUGCAGGCUAAGACACGGGCUAGGCCAGGUGGUGGAGCCAAUGGAGCAGCAAGGCUUCCCUCAUGUCCACUCCCUGGCCAUUCAAACAGUCCUCACCUGGGCCCCUACCUGCUUUUCCCUCGUUGGGAUGCUGUGAGGUUUCUACCCCAGCUGAUAAAGGGCAGUGGGGAAGCAGUGGGUUUUGUUCCUGCUUCCUUCCUUUCACCUUUCUUUGUAUCUGGGUGAAACUGGAGGGCAGCAGCAUCAGUGAAAGAAUUUCCCCUCAGCCAGUGAGCUUGCUGAGACUAAAGGACAUGGCAGCACAAGAGAAAGAGCUCCGUAUCUUCAUUUCACCCAGUUUCUGUAGGCUGUAUCAACAGUGGUGCAACUAUAGAAGGAAACAAAGGGCUUCUUGUUUGUACUGCCACCUGGCCCAGAGUAGCAAGUUGUAUUGGAAGAGAGGCACCUGGGACAUAGGGAAAUGCUUUGGCUUACAUAACAAAGUCAUGUGUCUAUCAUGGUGUGGAGUUUUGAUUGGCCAUGCACAGGGCCACUGGCCCAAGACAUUUUGCUGCCGGAGACAAAGAUUGGGGUGUUUAUUAUUAUAUCCCACCUUUCCCCAAAAGAGUUCAAGGUGGCAUCCACACUUCUCCUUCAUUCCAUUUUAUCCUCACAACAACCCAGUGAAGUGGCUUAGGCUGAGAGAUAGUAACUGGCCAAAACUCACCCAAUGGGCUUCAUGGCUGAGUGAGGAUUUGAAUCCUCGCCUCCCAGAUCCUAGUCCAGCACUCUAAGGUGUAUAUAUCAAAAGUGGUUUCAGUCAGCAAUAGUUAAUGUGGUGCCUUCCAGAAGCUUUGGACUGCAAAUUAAUAAAUAAAAGCUCCCAAUCAUCCCAGUUAGCAUGGCCGGUGGCCAGGGAAGAUGGGUGUUGUAAUUCAAAUCUUCUGGAGGGCCUCUGGCCUAAGUUAUUCAGUCUGUGAAAGGAACAUGGUGAGUGUAACCCAUACACACGUACUUGGAAGUGAACUCUAUGAAACUUAGCGAGACCAGCUUCAAAAUCAACAUGCCUACUAUUGAGCAAGUCUUGAAUAGAAAGCCAUAGAAUAAAUGUGAGCUUGUGAAAAUUGCCGUCAAAGAAUCAUAAAUCAGCAGCACCUCUGAUCGCAUCAUGAUCCCCAUCAGACAUUCCAACAAAAUGUGAAAUUUCUUAGCAAAGCAGUUUGUUUGCUGCAAUUUCUUCAGUUCAAAAGGUGGUUUGUUUGUUUUUCAAAAUUAAAUGUUUACAGUCCUCAGUAGUGGCAUCUUCAUACUGCACUUUUCCAAGUGGAAGUAAGUAUUAAUUAAACCACAUUCUUGGAACUGGUAACUCAGCUGCUUGUUUCUUUGAUGGCAGAAAUAUGAUUUCAGCUGGUCAAAGCACACCUUGCUACUAUAUGGUACCAGAAAGCUGUACUAUUUGUUUACAAGAUGCACCUAUACAAUUACAUUAGAUUUCAGCUAAUAAUAAUGAUUAAUAAUAAGCAGAACCUGAAGGUGACCUGUGACCUGUUUUUAAGUGCCAGAUGAGAACACAGAUAGCCUAAUAGAUUAAUAGCUAUAUUUGUUUAAAAAAAAUAAAAAAAUAAAAAAUGUGUACUGUAGGCAUAACUGUUUAGAGAGAGACAAAAAAAAUCAAAUAAUGUAUUUUUACCUUUAAUAAUUUUAUCUUGUAUACUGUAAUAUUUUUAUCUAAAACAACGACAACAAAAAUAAAAUUACCUCAGAAUAUU